GAGGGCCGGUGCCCCAGCCCCUCUCGAGCUGGCCAUGGAUUUUCACAAUAUUCUCUUGAAGGCCUCGGAGCAACAGGGACUGAACUCGGUGCCGAAAAGGUACAGUUUGGCUGUUGGUCCUCCCAAAAAGGUUCCGAAAGUCAAGGGUGUAGAGUCUGCAGCAGUGCAGGCAUUCCUCAGACGGCAAGAAGAAGAGAAAAGAAAGAAAGCACUGGAAGAAAGAAGAAAGAAAGAACAGCUCUUGGCUAGACGCAUUGAACUUAAACAUGACAGAAAGGCAAGAGCUAUGGCCUCAAGGACAAAGGAUAAUUUUUAUGGUUAUAAUGGCAUUCCUGUUGAAGAGAAGCCUAAAAAGAGGAGGACUUGUGAAAAUGUUGCUCAAGCCCCAGAGGCUGAGUAUGCAACAGAAGAGGAAACUGAGCAACCUGAAUAUAGUCACACUGAAUCUGAGCAUGAGCAAGAAUAUGAAGAGAAACCAUCCAAAGCUGCAAUGAAACCAAAGGCACCUCCCAAAAGUGCACCAGCACCUCUGAACUUUGCAGAGCUCUUAAGACUUGCUGAAAAAAAGCAGUAUGAACCGGUGGAAAUAAAACCAGUGAAAAAAGUAGAAGAGAGACCCAGAACAGCAGAAGAAUUGAGAGAGAGGGAGUACUUAGGGCGCAAAAGCAAAAGAGUAGAAAUGCACGGGAAAACCGAGAAGGAGGUUAAGAAUACAGGGAUAUCCAGUUCUUCCAAAAAAGUGACCUCUCAGAAAGAAUCUGUGAAUGCAAAGCUUAACAAAAGCUCAGUAGAUAAACAUUCCAUACCAAAAAGCAGUCUAACAUCUUCUAUCAGUGGUACUGAUAAGAAAUCCAAAACACCAGCAUUGGCUGAAAAAUAUUCACGAUCAUCAUCUUCCUCCAGAUUUGAUCAAACGGGAAAAAACUCACAAAAUGGCUCCUUAAAAAGCUCUCCUGGUAGCAGUCAUGGUAAAUUGCCUGUUAAUGGUAUUGGAAGGUCUGGCUCAAGUUCUCAUGUGCCACCCUCAAAAGCAACAGCCAAUGGGGCUCAGAGGCCUCUGUCUGCUAAAGAAUCCAGCCUAAAAAAGUCUGCCCAUAUGAAAUCGGGAAAUACUGCAUUCCUUCAGCAUGGAAUUAACUCCAGUGCAAAGCGAUCAGGCAGCAGCUUAGGGAAAGGAGGACCUGGGCAUCCAGGUGGUGGUUCAAGUACAGGACCUGGGCGAUCAAGCAGCAAUUCUGGUGUGGGACCUGGAAGGCCGGGAAGUGGUUUAAGCCCAGGACCUGGGCGACUGGGCAGUGGUUCAAGCAUGAAACCUGGAAAGACAGCAGGCAGCUCAAGCACAGGACCUGGGCGACCAGGCAGCAGCUUGGGCACUGGGCCAGGAAGGCCAGCCAUCAGCAUGAGUACGGGACCUGGUCGACCAGGCGGCAGCAGCACGAGUGCGGGACCUGGUCGACCAGGCAGCAGCAGCACGAGUACGGGACCUGGUCGACCAGGCGGCAGCAGCACGAGUACGGGACCUGGUCGACCAGGCGGCAGCAGCACGAGUACGGGACCAGGAAGGCCAGGCAUCAGACCAAGUACUGGACCUGGUCGACCAGGCAGCAGCAUGGGUACGGGACCAGGAAGGCCAGGAGUCAGUUCAGGCAUGGGAGCCAAGCGACCAGGCAGCAGUUUGGGAACAGGACCAGGAAGACCAGGCAUCAGCCCAAGUGCAGGACCUGGGCGACCAGGCAGUGGUUUGGGUACUACUGUAAAACCGAAGUGUACUGUUGUAUCAGAAACUAUUUCUUCUAAAAACUUAGUAACAAGACCCAGCAAUGGACAGAUAAAUGGCAUGAGAUCUUUUCAAGGUCGUAGACCUGUGUUUCAUCCACAAGGGCUUGGGAGACCACCUAUUAGUUACAAGAGACAAAUAGAUGAUGAUGAUGAUGAUGAUGAAUAUGACUCUGAAAUGGAUGACUUCAUUGAAGAUGAAGGGGAACCCCAGGAAGAAAUAUCAAAACAUAUUCGGGAAAUAUUUGGCUAUGACCGGAAAAGAUACAAAGAUGAAAGUGAUUAUGCCUUACGCUAUAUGGAGAGCAGCUGGAGAGAGCAACAGAAAGAAGAAGCUAGGAGCUUAAGGCUCGGUGUUCAGGAGGACUUAGAAGAAUUGAGACGGGAAGAAGAAGAAUUAAAACGCAAGAGACAGUCUAAGAAGAUGAGGACACAUUAACUGACUGAUGGUGUUGACUUUGUCAUGUUUCUGUUACCCUCUGCUUCCAUACAUCUCUUAUUCUACUUCAGUUUCUGUUUUCUUCUUAGAGGGCAAAUAAUAUUUAAAGGGAUAAAGUACUGAAAAGCAAGGCUUUAGUUUGACUUAAAUAAGAUAUUUAUUUUUAAUACUUGCCAGGGUUGUUUUUUAUUAAGAAAUUAAUGCACUAAUGCAUAUUAAGUGGAAUAAAAUAAAUAGAUGUUUCCAUUAAUUAAACCUGUUCAAGAUGCCAGCAGAAAUAUUGACUAGCUAUGCACUGAUUCAGAACUAAUCAGCAUAUAGAGGUAAACCAAUUUUAUAUUCACUUGAAAGACUAGAAUAUCAUUCUUGUUCCUUAAUAUUUCUUGAGACUUGGAGAAAUUGCUUUAUAUCCUAUUCUCCGUCCCAGCUUGAGCCUCGAAGUAUUAAGAUGUCAUCAUCUCUUCAGAAGCGGCUUGGGUAUAAAUUCAGCGCUUGCCACAGAUGUUCAAAGCAAUAAAGUGCUGCAUAUUUUCUGAUUUGAAGACCCAUAAAACCAAUUUGAGUCUCUUUUAUUUCUAAACAGAAAAGUGCAUAUCAUUUGCAAACUGUUACAGACAUGGCCAAAAGAUUACAUUGGGUUUUGCUGUGUCUGGAAUUCCAAUACAAAUCUAAUUCAGGAUGAUAAAUACACGCCCUGAAAACAGGAAUUCCUAAUGCUUGUAUGCAACAUGUGCUUUUGGGCUCAAGCAUACGCUUGGAAGUUCUUUUCCUGCCCUGUAAAUCUUCCCAUUUGCUUAAUAGCUUCUGCUGCUUUACAGACUGUGUUUGGUGCACGUUUUUUUUCCUUGCAUUAAACAUCCGAUGUGUUAAAUGAUUUACAAUGUGAAGCAGUCAUUUAUCUAAUUAGGUUUUAUUUAGAAAGCACAUCAGAAUUAAGUUUUGCUAGAAAGUAUUUGCAGCUCUUCAAUAUUAACAACUUCUUUUUGACUGGUUAGUACUUGUGAUUAAUUUCAUCAAACCAAGAAGCUAAAAUAUUAUAUACAGCAGGAAAUCUAGUUCAGUUACUUACUUUAAUGCCCAUAUUUGCACAUUAUUUCUAACUAUGCACUUAAAGACUGUUUGUUUCAGUAACUGAAUUUGUUUACAGUCAGCACAGGGCUUAUGUAGGUCUACAGGAGUUGUACUGGAAGUCUGAAGCUCAAAUCUGAUGUUGCACCUGCUUUUGAUUUCCCCAGGUCACCCUUCAAAGUUCACCAGUACCACUACUCAGCUUUGCCUCAAGCUCCAGGACUCCAUUGAUAGUACCUCUGGCUUCAGCUGCUGAGGCUGUUAUGUUUUAAUGCUAGGUGUACUUGGAAAAGUACAAAAAGGGAGGAAGUAAAGCAAUACAAAUUAAAAAUUAUCCCAUAGGAAA